CAGGUUUUGUGAUCAUCCGCGAAUUACUCGGUUCAGUGAUCAGAUGCUUAUGGUAAUCCAUAACCCAUUUUGAUAUCUAAGACGAUGGCAGAACCAAUCAGUCAAAGACACGCUAAGUUUAUUCAGCAAAAACUGGCACUUCUGUUUGAAGAAAGACAAAACCUGCUCGCGCAUGUGGACGAUUACGUCAAUAAGGUCACUGACCGGGCUAAAUCGUGGAUGCAGAAGGACGAUGCCAACAAACCAUGUAGUUUUAUGGACAUCUGCUCCUCUAUCGAUUCAACGGCUGCAUUUGUCAUGGAACACGUCGACCAUUUUUCAGAUGGAUCAACAGUUCUGACCCCUCCCCCCGGGAACAGCAACACUAAAGAGCAAGCUUUGAGAGACAAAACACCUGAAAACACACAUGAACAAUCAUUGACCAAUCUUAUUGAACGGGUACAAGCGGUCGAGCAAGUUCUAGAGUCGAUAAAAAACAUAAAGGCUGAUGUAGACGGUAUCAAAUCACAGAUAGAUCAAAUAAAGAGUGAUCGAAGGACAAAAAACGCUGAAAAUGACCAAACUACCAGCAGAUCAAAUGACUCGGCUCUGAGAACUGAGAUGACCACAGCAAUUUCUGAACUACAACGUCAGUACACUGAGGUCAAGAAGAAGACACAGCUGACGACAGAGAAAUGUGGAACUAUUGAAGGAGGGUUACACGAAUGUUUAAAACGUCUUGAACGAUUUGAAUGUAGUAUGAAAGAUUUGACAAAAUCUGUAACUUCGUUUGGUAAAAAACACGAAGAAGGUCAACAAAAAACGAACUCUCAAAUACAAGAUCUAAGAGAAGAGUUAGAACAAAACAUGGAGGAGAGAGAGAAGAAGCGGAACAAAAGAGUCUCACGACUGAAAGACAAAGUCAGUGAAUUGGACGUCAUUUUAGCAGGACAAACAUCUAAACUCGCGGAGUGUGAAGUUAAAGUUAGCACCAACGUGAGAGAGAUGAAUGAUCUGCGUGCAAAGCUGGAGGUCUUGUCUAAAACAGGUGGAGCAGAAAUGAAGAGCGUCCCACUGACUGAGAGGGGUGGUGUCGUGCAAAGACGGGAUGAUACGGAGACAAAGAUUGGAAUAUUGUACCAGACGAUCAGCAAACGAUUAUUUCCCUUGGACAAUUUGCAAACUACACUGAACAAAUGUAUCGCUACAAAAGCUGCUAGGGAUGCUGAGAAAGUUCUCCUGUAUCAGCAUGUUGCGAGUCUUAAAGCGGCCAUUAAUAAAAAUCAAGGGGGCUACAGUAUACUACUGGUCGGUGGGAUUCGCUCAGGUAAAAGUUCGACUGGGAAUUCCCUUCUCGGUCAUCAACCUUUCACCCCGGGAGGUCAACAGACGGAGGAAUGCACUGUGGCGUGCGGCGAGGUCAAAGGUCAGAUCAUCGAGGUCGUGGACACGAUUGGCAUGUACAACUUCCGAUUUCCUGAUGAGAUCCACUCCACACGGCAGAUGAUGAAGCACGUGUUUUCUAAAAACCCGCGCGGUUUUCACGUCUGCCUUUUUGUGACGUCAUACACAAACCCGUACUACGUCAGCGAUCUGAAAUUUAUCGGGUACCUGAAACAACUGUUCGGUGCGGAUUUUGUCCGGAAGUUCUGCGUGCUUGUCGUCACUGGGGGCGACCAGUUUGAUCUGGAGUAUUCCAGCAACGGCGUGUCGUUCCUAGACUGGGUGAGCUCAGAAAGCUGUGAGCUAAACCAGAUUUUUAUUGAGUGCAACAGACGGGCUGUUCUGUUUGACAACAACACGUUAAGUGAGGACAAGAAAACCAAACAAAACGAUAAGGUCUGGGAAUUGCUGGAACAGAUGCUGAACUACGACCCGAGGUUCACUGAGUGCGAUAUGGUUAACAGCCUGUCUAGGUAGUGCUAUGGGAAAAUAAAACAGUAUAGCUAGAAAUUGUCUUGAAGGAUGUGAAAAAUUAAUAGGCGUCAUCACCCGAUACUAUUUAUAGAAGCAGCAUUAGAGGUUUGGUGAGGUUCUGGUUUAAAGUGAUAGGUUUAUGGCGCAGAUGUACACAGAUGUAAUAUACUUUUUUAAUUUCCUGUAUACAAAGAAAGUGAUUAUAUUUUUUUUAUACCUCACUGUCAGAUAAUAUGACCUUUGGGAAGUUUUGAUA